CGUCACUCGUGGCGCUACGACUGUCUUUUGUUUUGAUUUUACUCUGCGCUCCUCUACAUUUCCACGCGAGUCGCAUUGCUGCAUUGGCUAUUAUCGGCAUUGCGUUUAGUUUGCGUUCUCGAAAUUAUCAUGGCUUCCAAGUCCAUUUUAUCGGAAAGUGGAGAAAUCUUCUACCGCGAGACUUUGCCUGUUGGAGGUGCAUCAAAAGGAGAUAUCCUGCUUUUGCAUGGAAUGAAAUUUUCGUCAGAAACUUGGCUCGAAUUGAAAACUUUGGAAAAACUAGCAGAAUGGGGCUACAGAGCUGUUGCUAUUGAUUUGCCAGAAUAUGGAAAUUCAAAGAGUGCGAAGUUGAAAGGUACACAAGCAGAUUUCAUACAUGGAAUAUGUCAGAAGUUAUCAAUAAAUAAACCUGUUAUUAUCAGUCCCUCAAUGAGUGGAGAAUUUUCACUUCCAUAUUUAAUCGAACAUGGAAAUAACAUGAGUGGAUAUGUCCCUGUUGCCCCAGUAUCUACUGGCUCCUAUAUUAACCAGUAUUCAAGUGUUAAAGUCCCAACUUUAAUUGUUUAUGGUGACAGAGAUGCUACUUUGGGGACGACCUCCUUCAAGCAUCUUUCUGUCAUACCCAAUCACACAGUUCUCAAAAUUCCAAACGCUGGGCAUGCUUGCUACCUUGAUCAGCCUGACGUCUGGCACAACAAUUUGCGGGAUUUUCUUAACACGUUGAACAGCUAAUUAUAUAUAUUGUUUGUUUCUUAUAUUUGUUUAUAAUUUUAUUUCCAAUGAAUAAAAUACAAUCAUGUUAUUAAUUAAAUAUAUUUUUUUUUAUAUAAUUGAAAUGAAUACAAUUCUAUUCUAAAUGCUA